UAAAUCAGAAUCCGAAAACCAAUGGCCAUUCAGAUGAUUCUGCAUUCAGUUCCAAGAAUAUCGCUGUGUGGAUGUAGCGUUCCGUAGUAUUUCGGCCCAGUUCGGGAGGUUUCGUGCCUGCCAUUUUUGUUUGUCUAGCGAACAAUUUUUCUAAUUUCUAACAGUUUCUAGUUAGUUUUGUGAUUGUUUGUUAAGGGUUUCAUUUGAUGUGAUGUUAAGUUUGUGCUGCUGAGUGUUCAGAAACGAAGUUAGUGGCACUGUUGACACGAGUGAUGUUUUUGUUGUUUUGUCAACUAAGGCCAGCGUGAUUAAUGACACGCUAGGGCUGGUCUGCACCAAAAUGUAGCAUUGCUCUUCACAUGCGAUGGGAGCCAACAUGGGCAAAAACACCUCCUUAUUGGAUGCUUUACCCAGCGGACAAGGCACCUUGCACGUGGUGAUGUUAGGACUGGACUCAGCCGGCAAAACUACGGCCCUCUAUCGGUUAAAAUUUGACCAAUAUCUGAAUACGGUCCCUACAAUAGGAUUCAAUUGCGAGAAAGUCAAAGGCACAAUCGGAAAAGCUAAAGGUGUCAACUUUCUAGUAUGGGACGUCGGGGGGCAAGAAAAGCUCCGUCCCUUAUGGAAGUCGUACACCCGCUGUACGGACGGCAUAGUGUUUGUUUUGGACUCCGUCGACCUCGAGCGCAUGGAGGAAGCAAAAAUGGAAUUGGUGCGGACUGUCAAAUCGCCAGAAAAUGUCCACGUACCGAUUUUAGUCUUAGCUAACAAACAGGACCUGCCAGGUGCUCGAGAACCCAGAGAAUUAGAAAAAUUACUGGGGCUUACUGAGCUGGGCAAUGGUACUCUUGGUGUUCAUCUGUGGCAUGUACAACCCGCAUGUGCAAUAACCGGAGACGGUCUGCACGAAGGGCUAGAAGUGUUGUACGAGAUGAUAGUUAAACGUCGCAAAAUGGCUAAGGAGCGUAAAAAAAAGGGCAGAUAGGGUCCACUACCUGUUUUCCUUUAAACGCGAAAAACUUACGGAACCAGUAAGCGAUGGUUAUUGUGUGGCUUGCACCAACUUUAAGAUGUUUGCUUGUCUACCACUCUUGUACAUUUUAUGAAAAGGGCUAUUGAAGGGAAUUUUUGAAGAUCAGUUCGAAAAUGAACUGCUUUUGCAAUAUGUUACCCGACUUCCUAAUAUUUUACUGAACAUAUGCAUGAGUCACGGACGUUUUUCUCAAUCCAUAUGUAAUAAAUCAGCUUAUGCUUGCUUUUCAAACCAAAAUCGACCUCGGUAACAAAAAUCUAAAUAGCGAAAAGUUAUGCCUUUGAAAAUGUUUGCAGGGAGGGGCUGUGCUCACCAAAGGCAGUUUCCCGAACUAUAAAAUAUCAAAGCAUUCUAUCUUGUUUUAAGCUCUUUUAAUCAAAAUAUUUGGUGUAUAUUUUUUAGUCAACCAUACAAAAUUUCAAAAAUUCCCCUGAAAAGUGCUGCUAAUGUUCCCCACAAUUAGACGAUUAUUGUGAUUAAGUUCAUUUCGACUAAGAGUUGCUCGUUAAGUGAAAUUUGAAUUCAACCUAAAAGAACUGAUUCAACAACUGGUUAAAUGUACUUUUUAUACCAAAGGUGCUUUUUUAAUUAAAUCAAAUAUUGUUAAUUUAGUUACAUUGUUAAGGUUUGAAUAAUAUGUAAUUAUUAGUUACCGAAUGUUUGUUUGUUUAAUUUUUAGUGUAUAUUCUUUGUUUUGUAUGUUAUGUUCCUGUUUAAGAAAGAGUUAAGAGCCAAUUCUGCCCGUUUAUCCCCGAAGAUAGAUUAAAUAUAUAAAGGGUGGCCUACCGAAAAGUAAGAAUGAAUGUUUGUGAUUUCCGCAAACAUUAAAAAACGAUUAGCGAUUUAAUUUAGACACUGUUGGACCCCUAAUAAACCACUUAAAAAUCCCGAUUGAACGAAAUACUGCCCACAAACUUCACGGACAUCUAAGUGAAGGUGUAGGAUUGGAGGAAAAAAUCGAGAUCAUGGGAAUGGCGCAUUUUAAAAUUUAUUAGACUGUAAACCAUUCCGGAUACUUUUCGGCGGUCCACCCUGUAUAGCAACCAUAACUUAAAAAAAAUAUAUUUUUAGUUAAAGUCUUGUCAUUAUUGCAAUAAAUAAAUUAUUAAAUUAAA